AUGCUCACCCUGCUGAGGUCUACUGGUAUGACUGACCCCAAGGACCAGAUCUGCAGAAUCGUGAUGAGCAUCGAUGCUACCUUGGCGCGUGACCUUGGCCGGCUAAGCGACAAAAUCGAGGACUUCAUGAAGGCCGAGCCUAAGGCCUACCAAGCCAAUGACCAGUACGACCUCUACGACGACGGCGCAGACGUUCCACAGGAUAGGCCUAGUGAUUUCCCUACCUUAGCCUACGCCCUAGAUGAGGAUAUCAUCGUGUCCUACUUAUAG